AAAAAUUGGUCAUCGUUGGGAGUCGUCUGAACCGCGGAAUCAUCUAUUUUUGACAAUCGGAGGUUAAUUCUCAGUCAGAAGUUGUUCGCUUUUGCUCGCCGCCGCUCAAAUCCUCGGCUCUUGGGAGGUCAAGAAGUUCCUUUCCUCCGCUCCUUUCGUUUUCGAAGAAUUGCGAUCUGACACGCCCCGGCGAGUUGAAUCGGACCCGCUCUUUCUUCUCUUAUCUCCGUUUAUGCACCUUCGGAUGAACUUCUUUGGGUCCGUUGCUAACUUGUUCUUAACCUAUUUCUAGAUUGAAUUGAAGGAGAGGAUUGAUUAGCGUGGAUAAUACCUGUCCCUUCGAAUAUGUCGGCUCUGUUCAAUUUUCAUUCCUUUCUGACAGUAAUCCUAUUGGUAAUUUGUACCUGUACUUAUGUGAAGAUGCAUUUUCCUGCUAUUCUUGAGCAAAGAAAUGGGUUUCGUGGCUUCUUUUGGAAAGCAGCCAGAAUAGGUGAACGUUUGAGUCCUUGGGUAGCUGUGGGAUGCUUCUCAAUGGGAGUCUCGAUAAUUUUCUUCUGAGCUAUGCCUCUAUAUUCCCUGUUUUGUGGGUUAUUUAGCAUGUUGUGCUUUUACAGUCUUAUUUUAGUAAUAGGGUGUUUGAAAUUAGAGUUCUGUAGUGAUAUGGUUGAAAGCUAUUUAAAUCCAUUAUAAAUUCACCAGCAUUCCAUUAGUCUUAUCAAAAGGGAAGAUAAUUGCUGUGUUACUUUAUGAUUCUUAUCAGGAAAAUUAAGGAGUUUAUCA